CAGGAGAGGAACCGGGAAGCGCGAAGAUGGCGGUGGAUAAGGAGCUACUGGAGCGGGACCUCUACGGGCUGCUGGGGAUCGGCGAGAAGGCGUCCGAGAAGGAGGUGAAGACGGCGUUCCGGCAGAAGGCUCUCACCUGCCACCCGGACAAGAACCCCGACAACCCCCGGGCAGCGGAAAUUUUCCACCAGCUUUCCCAGGCCUUGGCCGUGCUCACAGAUGCAGCAGCCAGGGCAGCCUAUGACAGGGUGAGGAGGGCAAAGAAGGAGGCUGCAGCAAGGACACAGAAACUUGAUGAGAAGAGGAAGAAAGUAAAGCUUGAUCUUGAAGCCAGAGAACGGGAAGCCCAGUCCCAGGAGAACGAAGAGGAGCAGAUCAGGAUAACGAGAUCAUUAGAAGAAGAAAUAAUCCGCCUGCGGGAGGAGGGCUCCCGGCAGCUGGAGGAGCAGCAGAGGCUGGUCAGGGAGCAGAUCCGCCUGGAAAGGGAGCAGCACAGCCGAGGCAAGCAGGAAAGAAAUGGAGCAGAAGGCAAAAUAACUCCUAAGCUCAAGCUCAGGUGGAAAUGCAGGAAGGAAGAUGAGACUGGAGGGGGAUACUCCAAAGAUGUGCUGCUGCAGAUCCUGCAAAAGUAUGGUGAUGUGCUCAAUUUGUUGAUCUCCAGCAGGAAGACUGGGAGUGCAGUGGUGGAAUUUGCCACGGUGAAGGCAGCUGAGAUGGCUGUGAAGAAUGAAGUUGGCCUGCUAAAUAACCCCCUGAAGAUUUCCUGGCUGGAGGGCCAGCCCCAGAGCCGCCCCAGCACCGUCCUCCCUGACAGCACCAGCCAGCCCAGGAGCUCACAGGCGUCGGUGGUGUCGGAGCGGGACUACGAGAGCCUGGUGAUGAUGAGGAUGCGCCAGGCAGCCGAGAGGCAGCAGCUCAUCGAGCAGCUCCAGCGGGAAGACGAGGAGGAAAAGUCCCACACUUAGCAUGAGAGUAUGGAUUCUUCCCACCCCUCCGUCCCCUCAGAGCUGUUUCUUUAUUUAAGUCAAUAAACCUCCUUUUUUCUAAA